AUGGCGACAUAUCGUUCUAGAGGAGUCUCUCCUCCACCCCGACGGUUUGGAGAACAAAGGAUUCCUGCAGCCCCGGUCUUCUCCACUGCAUUCGAUACCCGCUUCAGCCAGCAGCCCAGAAAUACCAUAGAUACUUUGGCUUCAUCCCGGCCGGGCGCAGAAAGAGUUGUUGAUGCACAGCCGAUAUCUAGACGAACUUAUCCUGCUUCAGGGCAUUCUGCUGUUCAGUCCAAAACAGAGUACGCAGUUAGGCCUCGAAACAAUCCCAGAGUGGGAGAGGAUGACAGGACACCACUCAGGGUGCUUGUACCACCCACGUCCCCGACCCGGAGUCGACCUCUUGUUGAUAAUCCACCUCAUGGCCGAUCACGCAGCCCGGUAACCAAGCAUUAUUAUACAACUGACCAAGCGGAUCGAUAUAUUGUUCCUGCCAUAUCUAGUCCACGUCAGCAUCGACAUCAAGGUCGUGCCACACCAACAGACUCUAGCCACUUGAUCCCUGAUGGCAGGGAGCGUCGAGAACGCCAUGGGUAUCGAGUUGCUGGCUCACGUGUUUAUCCAAAGAGUGGUGCGUUGGUUCGUUACGAAGACGAGAACGAUUACUCUUACACCACUCCCCGCGAGCAAUUUGAUCGGGACUAUCCGCCCGCUGAACGUAGGCCGCGCCGCAACAGCUACGUCCGUCAAGAUCGCCCCACUAGUACAUCUGAUUUUGAUGACUGGAAGGUAAUCUCGCAAUCCAGGAGGGAAACCGGUCCCCCACCUGCUGUACGACAAUUUGACAAGCUUGCCGAUGGAGACCUACGCCAUUCUACAAGUCUGUCUGGUAAUUACAGCGAUACAGAACGCGACCUCGACAAGCCGAGAAGGAGACAUUCUCUGAGAGCUCCGGUGUCCCUUCACCAGAAUCGUAGGGAGUUACUCUUAAACCCCCAGGAUGAGCGCGCUGCGCGAGAAGUAUCGCAUUAUCCGCCAAAAUUAUAUGACGAUGAGCCAAGCUACUCCAGCGACAGAGAAAAUUACCGUCCAAGUAGUCACUACGAACGCCAUUCGCAACGCGCAAAGGCUUACGGAGAAAGCCGUGAUCGCUUAGGCACAAGCCAUGGAGCUACUGCAGCAGGGCUCGGUGGGCUGGCAGCCGCGGGCCUCGCAAGCGCUAUAGUCAAGAAACCUCACGACAAAGACGAUGAUUCUGAUCGUGGCGAGACCCGUGACAUCAAGAAUCGUUAUGCCCAUGAGCGAGAUCACAGACCCGAGGACUUCAGGAAGGAUCGAGAGCGAAUCGCUGAAAGACAUAGAGAUAGAGCCGCGGAAUUGCGAGGUGAGGUAGCUCCUCGGGAGCACCGCAAAGAGAAAGCAAGCAAGGAGAGAUCUGAUAGUGACACGAUCGACGAUGUCCAUGCUGAUGGCCAACGGCACAGCCGAAAGCAUCGUCAUCAUCGGCGCCAUUCGAGACCACAAGAGCUCGAUUCCGACUCGGCAUCAGACGAUGGGCAAGGGGUGAAAGUGCCAUCAGAAGUACAGAGAGAGCGCGUCGGAAGAGAUUCAGCACAGGAAGACUCUGACUCACGCCGAGAGCCAAGGCGCUCACACCCACAUCGACAUGUGAAUCACGAUGGUGAAGAAUAUAAUAGAUCGCAUGGUGCCAGCGAAGAUGGCGAAGCUGAAGAGGAUAGGGCCGCACGCCUUCAGCUUGUCGAGCCACUUGCAGAGAAAGAGCCAGAACAUAAACCUAAGGGCAUCUUGAAGCCUGCCAGACAGGUGCCUUUCCCAGAAGAUCCAAACCCCACCAGAGAAGGAGUCGCACCGCUCAAGGAUGCUGGGAAGAAGGGAAUACCACCUGGAGCUCGAUGGACGAAGAUCAAUAGGAUGCUAGUAAAUCCGGCAGCCUUGGAAGCGGCCCAUGAACGAUACGAGGAACGAGAUGAUUAUGUUAUUGUUCUUCGAGUCCUUUCGAAAGAAGAGAUUCAAAAGUACGCAGACAAAACCAAGGAGAUUAGAGAGGCUCGCGAGCUUGAAUGGCUCGAGCGAAAGGAGAGACGAAGGCAGAAGGGCGGAAUGAGAGGUAGCAGUGACGACUCAAGCGACGAAGAAAGAAGACUACCACUUGCGAUCGAAGCAGCACCGCCCACGGCGAAUCCAGAUCCACGAUAUCAGCAAGGGUUUCCACUGAACACCAACAGCAGGCCUGAGCCAGAUCCUGCUGCCAUGGCUGGGAUCAGCACAAGGACACAAUAA